UGCAACAAAGCUGAUACGUACUUGCAAGAAUCUAAAGAUCGACAUUGAGAUUGAGAUCAUGGCUGCUGCUCGCAUUUCUAUGGCGUUGGAGGAGUUACUAAAUCAAAUUCUGCUGCAAGGUGCUGAUUGUAGCUGUGUCAACUAUGGGAUCAGAUACUAUUGGGAGUUGUUGAGCUCGCCACUGCAAUCCACCCGCUCAGCCUCCCUCAUUGAUGGGAUCCAUCAACUCAACAGGGAUUGGAGUUUUUUGCGCUCAGUUCUUGAAUCCAUUCACCAGUGGAGUGAUGCUGCUAAGGUGUCAUGUGCUGUGGAGCUCAAGAUUGAAGCUGCAGCUGAGGAGAUUGCCCAGAACCUUGAAGAGAAGAAGCAGAUAAAGAACCUGAAUCAUGAGGAAGUCCUGGAAUUAGUCCAUUGUUGCCAAGGAGAAACUCAGCGCUUGAUGACAGAAAUUAAAGAAUCUGUCGACCAUUUGUCAUUAUGCUCAUUCCAGGUAAACUGUACUCGUCCUCUUCCCGAUGGAGGUGGUGACGUUUGUUUUUCGUUUUGGACAAGUUUUGUCGUCUCUGUAAUAUGGAAUCUGCGGUUUAUGUUGCUGACUAUUGAUUCUACUGAUGGAGAAUCUAUGCAUUUUCGAAAACAAGUGUAUGCCUGGUACAAAGAGUUAGACUGGAUCCGUGAUUACAUUGUUGGUGCAUGUGGUAGUGGUUUUGACUUUCUCGCUGCAACAGCUGGUGAUAACUAUGGAAGCGUUAUUGAUAAUUUCCUGAAUCAUGUUGCAUCUGUGAUUGUGCGCACUGCAAUUCAGUCUUGUAAUUACUGGUGCCAUUACAAAAUGACAACAACAACAACAACAACAGACUCACCACUUGAAGAGAGGAAAAAGAUCAAGUUUGCUGAACUUCUGGUGGUGGAGGAUUUGCAGCGUGAGAUUGAUCCUACUAAUCCCUACUUCAUGGAAUUGCAUCUCCAUUUCCUUAUAGCUCACUGUAAAAUAGGAAGAUAUCAGGUUGGGGAUCUUGUUUGUUGUUUUUGUAAAUAUUAUUUCAAUUGGAGAGUAGGAGACAUUCGAGACAGUGUGUCUUCCUUGUUAACCUGUUUUCUUGGCAAUAUGUUACACGAGGAGGUGGAAGAGAAGGAGGUAGUACAAAGUUCCUGUGGAGAAAUUACUGCAGUGCUACUAUGGAUAGCAUCUCUGUUUGAGGCAGCACGGAAAGAGGGAAUGGAGGUGGAGGAGGAGGAGGAUGUUUUUCUUCCUGUUCCUCCAUGUUCGGAGGAGGAUGUUCGUCUUCCUGUUCCUCCAUGUUCUGAGUUGCUUAUUGAAAUUUGUCUUCUUGAGACAGAGCUUUUCCUGAAGAAGCUACUCCGCCAUGAAUCUCUCAGCAGCAGCACUUUGUCCUUGAUUUCAGCUCAGAAAAGCCAAACCAAACAUGAAUUCAGUCAGAUCCUCCAAAACCUCAGAAGGGAUCACCAAGAUUUACUUGACGAGAAGUUAGAACAUGGGAAAAAGGCCUUUGCAGUCAUUGAACAAGUGAUCGACCAGGUUGCAUCUCUUUGUCAGUCAUUUGAGGCCAAGAAGAUCUCAGAAUCUAUGUUAAAAAACUCUAUUCGCCGAAUGCUUCUUAAGAUUGUGAUUUUCAGGGCAGAUUCAUUCUUAACGGAGUCACUACCAUUCAUGAGUAAUUAUGCUGAGACUUUCGUGGCUGAUGGGAAAGAUCAAAUAGCACUCCUUCUUGAGCAGCUCAUUUUUUUGAAACCAAUUAAGAAUGUGAUGGACAGAGAGGAAAUGGACAUAAGCUUUGUACAAAUUGAAUCACUUUUGAGGGAGAUAACAAGUUUAUCUUACUUGAAUCUUGCCAACAAAAGAGACGCAAAAGAGAUGAUCAAGAAAAUUAACCUUUCAUCUGUGCUGCUGCUAGACAAGUUGAAGCAUCGUAAGCGAAUGCUUAUUGAGAUUGGCCCCCAAUUUCCCUUGUUCGAGUUUCCCAAGACUCACAAACUGGGGUUCAUUGAUUUUCUAUACACAAACCUAGGGGAGCUGCUGAAAUAUGAUCCUGUGUCAAUUGCACCAUUGAAGCAUUAUGUUGAAGAGAUUCAACAACAUCUCAAGUCAUUGAGUUCAUUUCUUGUCAGUGUUUCAGAGUCGGAUAUGCAUGAGAAUCCAGAACUGAAAGAUGUUGGUGAUCGUGCUACUGAGAUAGCAUAUAAAGUGGAAUAUGUUAUUGACUCGAUUGUGGAUGAAGCUCAAUGGCAGCAUUUCUUCUGGUUUCAUCAUCAAUUAGAGGAGUUAAGACUUAUUAAUGAGCUGGCCACUGGAAUUCGCUUGACAUACUCUGAUGCCAAAGUCCCAAAAAGCAUUGUCUCCCGCGUUGCAAUCGAUAUGGUAUCGCAGGAGCGUGCAAGGGAAGUAAUCAAAGAAAUGGUGGUAAAUCUCAGUGAUGAAGAGCAGGUUAUAAUUGAUCAACUUACCAGAGGAUCCUCAAGGCGAGGUAUUGUUUCUAUUGUUGGAAUGCCAGGUCUUGGAAAGACAACAUUGGCUAGGAAAGUGUACAACAAUCAAAAUGUUACACGCCGCUUUCAUUGUCGUGCAUGGUGUUAUGUUUCCCAAGUAUAUGAGAAGAAGGAAUUACUGCUCAAGAUUUUACAUGACAUGCAUGGGCUUUCUGAUGAGAUUUGCCAAAUGACUACCGAAGAUCUUGAAUCAAAAUUGCGUCAAUGCUUGUUGAAAAACAAGUAUCUCAUAGUUAUGGAUGAUGUGUGGGAUGCUAGAGCUUGGAAUGACUUGCAAAAUUCAUUCCCAGAUGACAACAUUGGAAGCAGGAUUCUAAUGACGAGUCGUCAUUGUCACGUGGCCUUGGAAAUUGAACCAAAUGGUGAUCCUCAUUUACUUCGCUCACUUUUUGAGGAUGAAAGUUGGAUUUUGUUAGAAGGAAAGGUGUUCCAAGGAGAAGGUUGUCCCCAGGAAUUGUUGCCAAUCGGAAAGAAAAUUGCUCAAAGGUGUGGUGGGCUACCUCUAGCAACUGUUACAAUUUCAGGUCUUCUGCAAAGGACAGAAAAGAGCAAAGAAUUUUGGGAAAACAUUUUAGAAAGCUUGAGUUCCGAAAUAAUGAGUGAUCCAGAAGCUCGGUGCAAUGAAAUCUUUGAACUGAGCUACAAGCACUUGCCAGGACAUCUAAGAGCAUGCUUUCUUUAUUUGGGUGUUUUUCUGGAAGAAAGAGAUAUUCCUGUGAGUAAAUUGAUACGUUUCUGGCUUGCUGAAGGUUUCAUUCCAAACACUGAAUCAAGGAGAUUGGAGGAUAUUGCCGAGGCAUACUUGGUGGAUCUAAUUAACAGAAGCCUAGUAAUAGUCUCCAAGAGAAGAUCCAACGGGCAGGUCAAAUCAUGUCGCCUUCAUGAUCUUAUACUUGUUUUCUGCAGAUCGAAGGCCAAAAGUGAGAAUUUCUUGCAGCUGUUAAUGAAGUCUGAUGAACCAUAUUCUUCUUUUCCUAGCUCAGAUUAUGGUUUUGAAUUUGAUUUUCACGAUCAUUUAGCUCCUGUAACAUAUAAGGCCUAUAGAUUGAGCAUUUUUCUGAAGCGAAAUCAUUUUGUUGAAUCAAGACCUUCUGGCCCGGGCACUCGGUCUUUGAUAUUCUUUGCCUCCACUGAUGCAGAGCCCAGAUGUCCCUAUGACAUCUCAUUCAUUUGUCACAACUUCAAAUUUCUUCGGGUGUUGGAUUUUGAAAGCAUCAAUAUUGGUGUCUCCUUUCCUGUUGAAAUUGGACUGCUGGUUCGGUUGAGAUAUUUAGCAGUGAGUGGGUACUUGCAGUAUAUCCCAAAAUCAAUAGCCAACCUCAGGAAACUAGAAACUUUGAUUGUGAAGGGGUUGCGUGGUAAGGUUGUCCUACCAAAAACUAUUUGGCAAAUGACAAGUUUAAGGCAUCUUCAUGUGAACAUUCAUGUUGCAUUCAAAUUGGAUGAUGAAGAGCUUGGAGGCUGGUAUCAGUUGGAAAAUUUGGUCAGCUUUUCCCGUCCAUCUCUUUCUUGUGGUGAAGAUAGUGAACAAGUAAUGAAGAGGUUUCCAUAUCUUCGCAAACUGAAAUGCAUUUUCUUCGAAUCACGGAAGUCUUCCAGUAAUUGCAAUCAAUUUCCAAGAUUAAGUUCUCUAACUCAUUUGGAGUCGCUCAAUAUUUUUUACUAUGGGAGGCCUAUUAAUACCACUGAAUUCAUUCUCCCGUCCAAUCUGAGGAAAUUGACUCUUUCAAACUUUCACCUACCCUGGAAUCGUAUCUCGGCAAUCGGGAAGCUACCAAAGCUGGAAGUUCUCAAGUUACUUUCUGGUGCCUUUGAGGGGCCGAUAUGGGACAUGGGGGAUGAAGAGUUCCAGGAACUUAAAUUCUUGAAGUUAGACAGUUUGAACGUUGCCCAAUGGAAUGCUUCUUGUGAUCACCUUCCCAAACUUGAACGCCUUGUCUUACAAAAUUGCAAAGAACUUGAGAAAAUUCCCCAUGAUUUUGCAGAAAUAUCUAUGCUGGAAAUGAUUGAGGUGCACUGGUGCGGACAAUCUGCAGAAAAUUCGGCAAAAGGGAUUGGGGAUUCAACUGGGGAGAUCAAAGUCCUAAUCAGUAGUUCAUAUGUUAGAUCGUGAACAUAUUAUGGAUUCCAUCAUUGCAAUCUUCCACUCAUUUGCAAGUUUUGUUAUGGAGAACAGAGUUAACGUUGUUAGCUGAGAAAGCUGGUUGCAUUGCUCCAGUAACAACGUGCAGCACCAGAAUGACAAUGGUAAUUCUCGGACGGAUAUAAUCUUUUCAAAAAAAGUGCACUUGCGAUGAUUGAAACUUGAGAGUGUCUCCUACUACAGACUAGUCUGCUCUGUUGAAUCACCAGUGCAACCAAGCGCUUCAUGCGAAUGACCCUGGAGAACUAUUGGGCAUUCCUUGAGAAAGAGGGGACUGAGUUUAGGGAUCUGUUGAAAUGCACUGGAGGUACAAAUAGGGGAGUCAGUUACAAAGUAAUUUGGGACCUACAGGUACUUCUUCGCCUAACUCAUGACACAGGUGUAGCUUUAUUGUGACAAUAAGUUACAAAACCAAGAAGCUUAGUUUUCAAAAUUGCUGUGGGAAUGAGAAGCAGGAGUAACUUAUUUAAGCAGCAGAUGCAGGAUUCCAUUUCUCUUUUCUUCUCAGAUGAAAUUACGAGAAGUCUGAAAUAAAAUUGCGUAUCUCAUAUCAAGUCUAGUAACACUAUAUUCAAUUGGACCAACAAUGUUGUUUUAUUGGAUGCAUAGUUGUCUAGUGACACCAUCGACAGUUGUGCUAUUCUUCUUUUAUUUUGGCAAGCAUUAUUGAUUCUGUUGCUGUUGCUUUGUCUUGUUGUAAAAAUAGAUAUUCCAAAAGAUUUUUUUUAUGUUUGUUACGGUCUCAUCUGAUAAAACUUCAUCAGAAAUAUUUGUUCCUAUUUUGAGGGAAGAAUUGGUCAAAGACAAGAUUUUGCUGAAGGCCAAAUUCAAGAAAUCAGAUUGUGAGACAUCUUCGGUCAAGUAGCCUUCCGAUGGUCUGACAUUUUCCAAUAGCCUUUUUCCAAUAGCUCACAACAAAGGAUAGACCUUUGACUACUUCAAAGGAUAAAGUCUGGCACGGAUGCACGCCUAUUCUCACGAGAAAUCAGCUUACCUCUUCCGUAUUCUGUAUCAUCAUGAAGCCUAUAAAUAGAACCAUUUGGCAGGUUCAAUUUACACACCGAAGAACGAAGUCUAUGCUUCGCAAAUUCUCUCCUCCCUUUCUCCAUCUGCUCUUCUUAAUAUUCUUAUUUCACCUGCUGGUUUUGUUUCAUAUUUUGCUGGUUCUACAUCCCUCUUACAAAUUAGAGGAAGACUUGUUUAAUCCUGGGGAAACGUUUCAAUACUCUGAAAUAGUUUCUUAGGACAGUGCUUUCAAGCACGACUCAAGUGUUCAAGUGUUAGCAUUGUUCAGGCCGCCUUUUCCAACAAUCUAAGAAACUAUGGCAUCUGACAAUGUUAGCACCCCGCAGCCUUCAUCAGCAACUGUUGCAGUGGCACUACCAUUCGCCAAGCCCUUUCCAGAUGUAUCCAAAAUUGAAAUUUUCGCCAAUGAAAAUUUUAAAAGAUGGCAAGAACGUGUGCACUCUCUACUUGACAUUCAUGGAGUAGCUUAUGCGCUCACUGAAUCUCAACCUUCCGCAACUGCGGAUGCCAAGACUCAAGAAGCAUGGCAAUAUGCCAAUAAGGUAUGUCGACACACUAUCCUUCAAACACUCUCUAAUGAAUUAUUUGACGUCUAUUGUAGCAGCAAAGAAGCCAAGGCAAUUUGGGAAGGCUUGGUAACAAAGUUUACUGCCGAAGAUGCAACCAAGCAAAAAUUCGUCGUAGGAAAAUAUAACCAAUGGCAAAUGACGGAUGACAAGGAGAUGAAAAUCCAAAUCACUGAAUAUCAAAUGCUGCUAGAGGACUUGAAAAAUGAAGACAUCAAUCUUCCUGAAAAAUUCGCUGCUGGCAUGCUGAUUGAAAAGCUACCUGAGUCAUGGGCCGACUAUAAAAACAACUUGAAACACAAGGAGAAAAACUAUACCAUGGAUGAGCUCGUGAAACACAUCCUCAUUGAGGAUUCAAGCAAAAGGGAGUUGAGAGCUACCAAGGCAAAGGAGAUGGCCUACAAAGCCAAUUUGGUGCAAAGCAAUAAUAAAAGGUACGCCAAUAAAUCCCAGAACUACAAGCCCAAAAAUUUUAAUGUCAAGCCUAACAAUCCCAACUUUAAGAAGAAGAAAGGCAAUUGCUUUUAUUGUGGAAAACCAGGACAUUAUGCAGUCCAAUGCAGACAUAAUAAAGGUGACAGAGCAAAUGGUAACCCUCCUAAGGUGCACUUAACCGAAGGAGAUGAUAUAAUUGCUGCUGUCAUCUCUCAAGUGAACAUUGCAGCUAAUGUUAAAGAAUGGGUGGUAGACUCUGGGGCUACUCGGCACAUAAGUGCAAAUCGAGAAGCGUUUUCCUCCUAUACUUCAAUAGGGGAUGAUGAAAAAAUAGUCUACCUUGCAGAUUCACGAACUGCUAAAGUUCUGGGUAAGGGCAAAGUACUAUUGAAACUCACUUCAGGAAAUACUUUGGCUCUUAAUGAUGUGCUGCAUGUUCCAAAUAUUCGGGCAAAUCUUGUUUCUGUGGCUUUGCUUGGAAAAGUUGGGGUGAAAGUAUCAUUCGAAUCUGAAAGGAUUGUAAUGACAAGAAAUAAUGUGUUUGUAGGGAAAGGCUAUUGUAAUCAGGGACUUUUUGUACUUAAUAUUUCCAAUGUGAUAAAUGAAAAUGCAUCUUCUUCUGCUUA